AUGUCGCGAAGUGGAAUUGGUAACUGCUUCUUCCAGUUCCAUCUGCCUGCAGGUCAGGAGUUCAUUAUCCCUUCGCUGGCACACAGGUUCAUAGCAGAGAUGGUGGAUUUUUUUAUUCUGUUUUUUAUAAAGGCAACCAUUGUUUUAAGUAUUAUGCACCUCAGUGGAAUAAAGGACAUCUCCAAAUUUGCCAUGCAUUACAUCAUAGAAGAAAUAGACGAAGAUACCUCCAUGGAAGAUUUGCAGAAAAUGAUGGUGGUGGCUCUCAUCUACAGGUUAUUAGUCUGCUUCUAUGAGAUCAUCUGUAUUUGGGGAGCCGGUGGAGCAACCCCAGGGAAAUUCUUGCUUGGACUGCGAGUCGUGACCUGCGAUACGUCUGUGCUCAUCGCGCCCAGCCGUGUCUUGGUCAUUCCGUCCUCCAACGUCAGUAUGACAACGUCCACAAUACGAGCUUUGAUCAAGAAUUUUUCUAUUGCUUCGUUUUUUCCUGCGUUCAUCACUCUGCUGUUUUUCCAGCACAACAGAACCGCCUAUGAUAUAGUAGCAGGAACUAUUGUGGUAAGAAGGAACGGGGUCAGAUGAUACCAAAAGGUGGCGUUUCCAGACUGGUUUUGACCGUCCCCUCCCACCCCCCAGUGAACAAAGACCUACCCCAAAACAGAAAUCGAGGUGUCUGUCAGAGUCUUUUGCCCAGAUGGAAUGGGAAUUGAUUCAGAAGCUAAAGAAAAUUGUUUUGCUCCAGUGUGAUGCCAGCGGCUACCUUCAGAGUAUUGGAGUUUUCACAAAUGCCAGAGAAGUUUGGGAGACACAGUAUGUAUUACACCUGGAAGUAUUAACCUCCAGCUGGCGGGAAAGGAGGUGGCUGUGCAAACUGCAGGAAGGAGCUGUUCCGUUCAUCUGUCUG